AUGGAACUCAUACUCGGGAACAAGUACCGGCUCGGCCGCAAGAUCGGCAGCGGCUCAUUCGGCGACAUCUACCUCGGCACCGACAUCCAAACCAACGAGGAGGUCGCCAUCAAGCUCGAAAACGCCAAGUCCAAGAAACCUCAGCUGCUCUACGAAUCCACCAUAUACAGACUCCUGCAGGGAGGAGAAGGCGUCCCAAACGUGAGAUGGUCCGGCGUCGAGGCCGGCGCCAAUUACAACGUCUUGGUAAUGGAUUUGUUGGGGCCGAGCCUCGAGUCCCUCUUCGAUUCCUGCGGCCGGAAGUUCUCGUUGAAGACCGUUCUCAUGCUCGGCUAUCAGAUGAUCAGCCUGGUUGAAUUCGUUCACUCCAAGUCCUUUCUCCAUCGUGACAUCAAGCCGGAGAACUUCCUCAUGGGUCUUGGACAACAUGAAAACAAGGUAUACAUCAUCGACUUUGGUUUGGCGAAGAAGUAUCGAGAUAGCACAACUCGUCGACACAUUCCCUACAAAGAAACCAACGGAAGCUUGAAUGGCACGCCGAGGUAUGCAAGCGUGAACAACCAUCGUGGGAUCGAGCAAAGCAGGAGGGAUGAUUUGGAGUCACUUGGUUAUGUUCUCAUGUACUUUUUGAGAGGGAAUCUUCCUUGGCAAGGGCUAAAAAUAAAUAGGACGACAACGAAACAAGAUCGGUACAAGCAAAUCAGCGAUAAGAAAGCUUCUACGUCAAUUGAGGAACUGUGUAGAGGGUAUCCGUGGGAGUUCGUUUCAUACUUUAAUUACUGUCGCUCGUUGUCGUUCGAGGAUAAGCCGGACUACGGAUACCUUAGAAGAAUGUUUCGCGAGCUCUAUCGUGAACGGUUUGGGUUUCUGUUUGAUUAUGUUUUUGAUUGGUCUAUAUAUUAA